GGGACGAUCUUAACCACUUGAGCUAUGAAACACAAAAAAGAUAUAUAACUGAAAGAGAGCAUAAGAUAAUAAAGAUAUAGGAAAAGUGGGUGCAAAGAGAUUAUUUAAGGAGGUUAUAUUAUUGUUGAUCAUUCUCUCAGUAUUCACAACGUGUGCGUGUAUGUAUUAUGUAAGAGGAAGAAAAGGAAGAAGAUGGAAACAGAAAAGAGAUCAUCGCAGUCGUCGUCGGUGAAUAAAAGUUAUUUGGAAGUGUCGGGAAUAUGCUGCAGUUCAGAGAUUCCGUUGAUAGAGAGGAUAUUGAAGCCGCUGGAGGGAGUAUUGGAGGUGACCGUCAUCGUUCCGUCCAGAACCGUGAUCGUUCUCCACCACUCCCUGCUUAUAAACCAGCUCCAGAUGGUGAACGCGCUGAAUAAAGCAGGAUUGGGAGCCAGUGUGAAAGGCAGAGGUGGAGCAGGGGAUCAUGUGAAUAACAACCAUAACAAGAAGAAGAAGAAGAAUAGAUGGCCAAGCCCCUUUGUAAUAGCUUCAGGAUUCUUGGUUCUCUCAGCUCUUAUACUCCAGCACGUCUAUCAUCCUCUCCGUUACCUGGGCCUGCUUGCCGUUGCACUUGCUAUCUUCCCCAUUUUCCUCAAAGCCGUUGCUGCACUACGCAACUUUAACCUCUCCAACAUCAACAUUCUUGUCCUUAUCACAGUUGCCGGAUCCAUUGUGCUAAAAGAUUAUGUAGAAGCCGGGACCAUCGUUUUCUUAUUCACAUUUGCUCAAUGGCUGGAGUCCAAGGCAAGUCACAAGGCCACUUCUGCCAUGUCAUCACUGGCAAACAUAGUCCCUCAAACUGCACUCAUCGCUGAAACCGGGGAACGCCUCAAUGCUGAUCAAGUCCAGCUCAACACCAUUCUCUCCAUUAAGCCCGGUGAGGUUAUCCCCAUUGACGGAGUUGUUGUGCAGGGAAAUUGUGACGUCGACGAGAAGACUUUAACUGGCGAAUCUUUUCCCGUUUCUAAACAAACUGGCUCCACUGUCUGGGCGGGCACCAUCAAUCUAAACGGUUAUCUGAGUGUUAACACCACGGCUCUAGCUCAAGAUUGUGUGGUGGCUAGGAUGGCAAACCUUGUUGAAGAGGCUCAAAAGAAUAAAUCAAAAACGCAAAGAAUCGUUGACAAAUGCACAAAAUAUUACACCCCCUUAAUUAUAGCGGUGGCUCUCUGCUUAGCCAUCAUUCCCUCUGCAAUAAGAGCGCAUAAUUUAAGUGAGUGGUAUCGCUUGGCAUUGGUUGUUUUGGUGAGCGCAUGUCCUUGUGCACUUGUCCUGUCCACCCCAGUGGCUGCCUUCUGUGCGCUUUCAAAUGCAGCUAAAUCAGGUCUUCUUGUCAAAGGAGCAGAGCAUCUCGAGACUCUGGCUAAAGUUAAGAUCAUGGCGUUUGAUAAAACGGGUACAAUUACCACAGGGGAGUUUGUUGUUGCAGAUUUCAGACCACUUGUACAGGAUGAUCAUAUGACCUUGCACAAGCUACUAUACUGGGUUGCAAGCAUCGAGAGCAAGUCAAGUCACCCAAUGGCAGAAGCGCUAGUUAAAUAUGCAAAGUCUUAUACUGUUGAGCCCAAGCCAGAUGACGUUGAGGAGUUCUAUAACUUUCCAGGUGAAGGAAUUUGUGGAAAAAUUGAUGGAAAAGACAUAUAUGUUGGGAACAAAAAAAUCGCGGUUCGAGCAGGAUGUGCAACAUUACCAAUCAUAGAAGAUGAUGAAAUGGAAGGAAAGUCCAUUGGAUACAUAUUCUCAGGGUCUGUUCCUGCUGGAAUUUUCAGCCUGUCUGAUGUUUGUCGAACUGGAGUCAAAGAGGCCAUCCAAGAGCUUAAAUCAAUGGGCAUAAAAACAGCUAUGCUUACAGGAGAUCAUCAAGCGGCAGCAAAGCACGCACAAAAUCAGAUCGGGGGUGCUCUGGAACUUGUCCAUGCAGAACUUCUGCCCGAAGACAAGGCAAGAAUAAUCAAGGAUUUUCAGCGUGAAUCGGCCACUGCAAUGAUCGGCGAUGGCCUAAAUGAUGCUGCAGCAUUAGCCACUGCUGAUAUUGGUAUUUCCAUGGGAAUUUCUGGUUCAGCACUAGCCAUGGAAACUGGGAACAUAAUUCUCAUGUCAAAUGAUAUUAGAAAGAUACCACAAGCUGUUCGACUAGCAAGGAAAACGAAACAAAAAAUCCUGGAAAAUAUAUUUCUGUCAAUUGUCACCAAGACUGCUAUAGUGGUUCUGGCUAUCAUGGGGCAUCCACUUGUUUGGGCUGCUGUUCUUGCAGACGCAGGGACAUGCUUACUAGUUAUUUGCAACAGUAUGCUACUCUUAGCACAUGAGCACAACCAUGGUAAACGAAUUUUCAGCAGAGCUGCUCACAGCCACAAGCAUUGCUGCUCGGGUACUCAAACAGUGAAGAAACACAAACAAAAAAGAUGUUCUUUCAGGACAUGCUGUGUGCAGAGUCACUCCAAGAGGACGGGCUUGGCUAAAGGUCAAGGUUGUUGUGAAGUUGAUGAUGAUGAAGCUAAAGGAGUACAGCACAACAUAGCCAUUUCGAAUUCAAAAUCUCAUUGUCACCAGCGUUGUUGCUCUGCCAACAAAGUUGAGACAAAGUGUAUUUCUCAUUUCCAUUCUCCAAAGCAUCCAUGUGAAUCUGUGAGUCCAAAAUCAUGUGGGGAGAUUGAGCCACUCCGCAAAUCUACCGAAACUGCUGGCUGCUGUGAAUAUGAUGAUAACAAGCUCGAAAAGGUGAAACACACAAAGCAUGCUAAUCAUGGUGGUUGUGAAGAGAGUGACAAGUUUAAAGAGGCAAAACACGUGAACCAUCAUGGUAUAUGUGACAUAGUCCAUUCACAUGAAGAAGAAGAAGAAGGAGAAGAAGAAGGUGUUGAUUUGGUUGCCAAAGGACAUGGAUGCUGCUCAACAAGCUGCCAGUCUGAGUAUGAGCCCAAGUCGUGUAGCCCAAUUUAUGACACAAGUCACUGUCACCAUGAAAAGUCCAGUAGCAUAAUUAGCCAUGAACGUUUAGAAGAAGAUGCUGAUGAUCGAUCUUUGAGUUGUCCAGGUGCAGAGCAACAGGCCGCGAUUUUAAGGGCCAAUAAGCAUUGCCAUAUGAAAAGUUGUGAAAAUGAGCACAACAUUAGUGAGUAUCAAGUGCGGAACAUGGUGAAGAGUUGUGGGCACACUGAUUGGGCAUCAUCACCUACUCCUAGCAGCGCUGUGUAUUCAAAUAUACAAGUGAGACAUGUUAGGGGUUGCUGUAAGAGUUUGAGCAAGGAGUGUUGCGGCAAGGCUCCAGUCUUUGGAGGGGGGUUAUCAGAAAUCGUGAUCGAAUAAAUUAAAAUAACAAUAAUAAUAAUGUAACAUGGAAACUUGAUGUGUUUUUUCGCAAUACAAGGUUGAUGGUUAGAUGAUGUUUGAUAAGUAUAAUAGAUAGAAAAGAAGAUGGCUGCUUUCUGCUGGUCUACACAAAAUCAUACACUAAUACUUGUCUGUGUCAUUCUCAUAUCAACGCAUCUGGUUUUGGAGUCCAUAAAUGAUGAAUUCCAAUUCAUUCA